GCGUGUUGUGUAACUUCUCGGAACCUAUUCGCUUCGGAAUGGAAUGCGCUCGUAAAUUUGUACGCAUUUUCCAAACUCAUCCCCAAUUUUUUUCGCGUAGUAUUGCCAUGAGUUCCUCUAGUCGGGCCAAGGAGGCUGUCGAACAGCUAAAAGAUAACAAUCCCUACUACUCCAAGUAUGCUGACAAAAUAGCUAAAAUGCAACAAACUUCAGCCGAGGAAUUCUUGGAUCGCAUUGAGCGCGUUGUAAAUCCCAUUAAGGACGGUAAAAGUCAGGCCAGAUCCUACUCGGAGCUAUUGAAUCCGAAGCAAAAGCUAGCCACUGAAGAGGCUGAACUGCCCCAUAAAAAGCUUUCCGAUAUAAUGAAGCUGGAGCUGAUUGCCGACAAGGAUGCCGAGGAGAUUUCGCAAAUCUGGAUCGAAUACCACAAGACCAAGGACGUGCUGGCUGCCACGCUGACCACAGCCCAGUAUGAGACAUUAAUGGCACGCGCCAAGGAGCAUCCAAUCUUUUUGUUACCCCUUCCACGCAGUGAAGGCUUCGAGUUCAUCAUGCUGCAGUUCUCCGCGAACACUGUGCACUUCACACCACUGUUGGCCUACCAGGUGCAUAAGGAGAAUGCGCCCGAGUGCCUCACAGUGGUGCACUACACGGAAAAACAGGAUAAGGGACUUGUGCUAAUGCGCGGCGAGUACGACACAAAGGUUCUAACGGCACAGGAGGCUCAGUGUCUGGCGAAUGAGCUGCAGAUGUUCUACUACAAGACAGACGAGGCCAAGCUUAAGCUGCUGGAGACGUUCACCAAGCGUCCAGAUGAAUUCAAGCACAUGGAUCUUAUAAGGGAGGUGGAAAACAUUCAACUCGCUUAGGCAUCGAGGUUAUUCGAAUAUCGAAAUUAAAAAUAAAACCACACUGAAAUCAAA